CUCGCGGGUGGUAUUUACGUAGUACUGAUUGUGGCUGAAGUGAAUUGUUAAGGUUGGAAAAAAUGUUGAUGGAAGCUCUCCUCGGGGGGUUGCUGAUGUACCUGGUGAUUAGUUUCUUUCUCGCUCGGAAAGAAAUGAAGCACAUGGCGGCCUAUUUUGCGGGACCGAAACCCAACCCUGUGCUCGGGAAUGUGCUGGAAUUCUACAAUAAGGAUAUACCAGGUAUUUUCGAGACCAUCGUUGAAAUUCAUAAGCGUUACGGGCCAGAUAUCAUCCUGUGGACUUUGGGUAAUAUUAGCAUGAUCGAUGUUUGCAGCGCGAAAAAUGUCGAAAAGGUUAUGAUGGCCAAGCAGACGCAAAAAUCUUUACUGUACUCGUUUGUUGAACCAUGGCUUGGCCAAGGAUUACUGAUUUCCAGUGGUGAAAAGUGGUUCCAGCGGAGGAAAAUUAUCACUCCGACGUUUCAUUUCAAGGUAUUGGAGCAGUUCGUAGCGGUUUUCAACAAGGAGACAAAUAUUAUGGUCGAAAACCUGAAAAAGCAUGCCGGUGGAAAGGAGUUUGAUAUAUAUAACUAUGUCACGCUGAUGGCUUUGGACAGUAUAUGUGAAACCUCGAUGGGUACCUCCGUUAACGCGCAAAAUGAUCCAACCCACAAAUAUGUCCAAAACGUUAAAAGAAUGUCCGUUUUAGUUCUUCUACGAGUAGUUAGUGUCCUAGCCGGAUUCCCUACGUUAUACACACUGUUUCACCCUAAUGCUUAUGAGCAGCGCAGAAUCAUCAAACAACUUCAUGCAUUUACCGACUCAGUCAUUAAAUCUCGAAGGAAACAGUUAAGCCAGGACAAACUUAAACAAGUUGACUUCGAUAUGAAUGAGGAAAAUUUAUACUCGAAGAGGAAAAUGACUUUUCUUGAUUUGUUACUAAACAUCAAUGUUGAGGGUGAUCCUCUGUCGGACCUUGACAUCCGGGAGGAAGUCGAUACUUUCAUGUUUGAAGGUCAUGAUACGACCACGAGUGGGAUUUCGUUCACCAUCUACUUGUUGGCUUUGAACCAGCACAUUCAGGACCGCAUGUACGAUGAGAUUGUGUCUUUGCUGGGAAGCAAUCCAGAAAGCACAGAACUCAGCUAUCAAGUUCUGCAGGAGUUUCGCUAUGUCGAGACUGUGAUAAAAGAGGCAAUGAGGUUGUUUCCGCCAGUUCCAUUCAUCGGCAGAAAAUUGGUGGAAGAUUUAGAAAUGAACGGGACCACAGUUAAAGCUGGACAGGAUUUCCUCAUCCCAAUAUACAUGAUCCACCGGAAUCCAGAGGUGUACCCUGAUCCAGAACGAUUCGAUCCGGAUCGGUUCUCCGAUAGCGCAGAAUCUAAACGGGGCCCAUAUGAUUACAUCCCAUUCAGUGCAGGAUCUCGCAACUGUAUUGGUCAACGGUACGCAAUGCUAGAGAUGAAAACGACCCUGAUCAAGCUGAUUUUCAACUAUAAAAUUCUGCCUGGCCCAUCCCUGCGACAGAUGCGUGUGAAAACUGAUCUCGUACUGCGACCAGAUAAGGGUCUGCCAGUGAUGCUUGUAGCGAGAAGACAGAUAAAAAUGAUGAAUGCAUUGGUUUGUCCAUCACUGAAGUUUACCGCAACUUAUAAUCCGGCUGAUAUAGGCAAAGCCAGUCGUAACGAGAGAAAACUUCUGAUAACAGAACCAAAUACUUUUUCGUUCACCGCAAAUCUCCCCCAGUUAGUCGCAGUGCAUCGAACGUUCUAUUUGGGGACCAUGUUAGUCGAAACUGUUGUGAUUGGGUUGUUGGUUUAUCUGGUAGUUAGUUUUUUAGCCACCAGAAAGCAACUAAAAAAGAUGGCGAAGCAUUUUGCAGGACCUAAACCACAUCCCCUGUGGGGAAAUGUUGGAGAAUUCUUUAAUAAAGAUAUUCCAGGACUUUUCGAAACCUUGGUAAGUUUCCACGAACGUUUUGGUCAGGAUAUUAUCGCGUGGAAUAUUUUGAAUUUAACCAUGAUCAAUGUGACUAGCGCGAAGAAUGUGGAGAAAGUAAUAAUGGCGAAACAGACCCAGAAGUCUUUUAUAUAUGACUUUGUAAAACCAUGGCUUGGUGAUGGAUUGCUGAUUUCCAGCGGGGAAAAAUGGUUCCAACGAAGAAAAAUAAUAACGCCGACGUUUCAUUUUAAAAUUCUAGAGCACUUCGUAGUUGUAUUUAAUAAGGAGACAGAUAUUAUGGUUGAAAAUUUAAAGAAACAUCUAGAUGGGAAAGAAUUUGACAUGUACGAUUACAUUACGCUGAUGGCUUUGGACAGCAUUUGCGAAACAUCGAUGGGAACUGCUGUACAUGCCCAAAGUGAUCCUGCAAACAAAUAUGUCCAAUGUGUCAAAAGAAUGUCUGUUCUAAUACUGCUACAAACCGUUAGCGUCUUAUCUGGCUUCCCACUCCUGUAUUCUCUAUUUCAUCCCAAUGGUUGGGAGCAACGACAAAUCGUUAAAGAACUUCAUCGAUUCACGGAUUCCAUCAUCAAAUCUCGGAGGAAGCAACUGGAAAAUGAACAAAUAACGCAGGUUGAUCCCAGCAUUGACAAGGAAGAUUCCUACUCUAAGCAAAAGAUGACCUUCCUGGAUUUGCUUCUGAAUGUUAAGGUGGAAGGAAAACCACUUUCCGAUUUGGAUAUUCGAGAGGAAGUCGAUACCUUCAUGUUUGAGGGACACGACACCACCACAAGCGGAAUCACAUUUACAAUUUAUCAGUUAGCCUUGAAUCAGCACAUUCAGGAUCGUGUAUAUGAUGAAAUUGAAUCCAUCCUUGGGAAAAAUCCAACUAACACUGAACUCACCUUUCAAGAUCUUCAGGAAUUCCGCUACUUAGAAUCCGUGAUUAAAGAAUCAAUGCGAUUAUUUCCUCCUGUUCCUCUGAUCGGGAGGAAAUUGGUGGAAGAUUUGGAAAUGAAUGGAACAACCAUAAAAGCUGGCCAGGAUUUCCUUAUCCCAAUCUACGUAAUUCACCGAAACCCCUUGGUAUUCCCUGAUCCAGAGCGUUUCGAUCCAGAUCGGUUCUCCGAUGCAGCGGAAUCCAAACGAGGGCCCUAUGAUUACAUUCCGUUCAGUGCGGGAUCGCGGAACUGCAUUGGCCAACGGUACGCACUGCUGGAGAUGAAAACUACUCUGAUCAAAUUGAUUUCGAACUACCGAAUCUUUCCCGGAGAGUCUCUGGGAAAGUUGAGGGUGAAAACGGAUUUGGUGCUUCGACCAGAUAAAGGAAUUCCAGUGAAAAUUAUAGCAAGAAAAUAA